ACCCAAGGAUGCUUUACCAGAGGAAGCUAUCAAUCCACCGACAUCAAAGGUUCAAGACUCCAAUUCAAGGGCACGUCUAAGUGUUUUACUCUGAAAACGCAAUUUGAGCAUGAUUCAUGCCGCAGAUUCUCGCCAUCGACACGCCCGCCCGCAAUGCAUGCAUCGCGGGGGACUUGUCUACUGCUGAAAAAAUCCUCACACAAGAGAUCAAUGCUGAUACCAACAAGUACGCCCCGUAUGCUAAUCGCUCAUUUGUUAUGGCACGUAAGCACCACUGGGACCGCGCACUCCAGGAUGCGAUCAAGUCCAUCAGCAUUCAGCCCUCCUUGACAGGUUGUAUCUCCAAGGGCAUCGCCCUCAGCGGAAAAGGGAACUUUCGGGAUUCAAUGCAAGCAUUUGAUCUCGCAUUCACGUUCGCAAACGAAGAUUCAAAGAUCAUUGUUUUCCUUCUCUUGAUCAAGGCUAUCGCCAUCUUCAAUGCCGGUCGGCAUGAGGAAGCAAUUAUACGUGUGCAAGAGCUCGCUGCCACUUGCCAGAAUGAUAUCCUUACAUGUCGUGUCGUAGAAAUUUUAGGCAUACUUACGGGUCUAACUGGUAAUCAUUGCCUUAGAUGGAGGGCGCCACAAUGAAGCUGCUGACCACUUCACCGCAGCUGUCGAGAUGAACAUUUUAUCAUCUCGAUCAGCCAUUCAUUCUAGAUACGACGACUUUGUAGUGCUGUUCGGGUGGGACCUUGCAUCGUUGUGGAUGACUGCAAACCAGAAACGUUGUCAUGC